CGGGACAGUCUGUCGCCGUCUGGUUUUAUUGAACAUGUGUGGGUUCAGGCAAAUUGCAAAUUUCCUACUAAAUUCAACUUGUUUUUAUUUAUAACAAUUAUAACAUUGUUCUAAAAACUAAUUACAAUCAGCUAAAACAAUGUUCAUGCCAUUUACUAUCUCACUCGCUCUUUCAUCAUCAUCAUAAGAAUGUGUUGGAAUUCCUGCUCCAACAAUUCCACUGUGUUCAGCCAAAAACUAACCUAAAAUAACAACAAAAACAUUAAACAAUGUCAGGCUGUUCAGAGACAACGAAAUUUCAAGUUGUAUCAAGAAAAAAAAGACAUGGUCGAAAACAACAUCUUGAUCAUUCAUUGGAUUUAUCGAAAAAGUCAAAUCAACCAGAAAUAAAUAUUGACCAUCUUGUCCAAAAAAUAACAGAUGCAGUUGUAACAAUAAAAAAUUCUCCAUACAAAAAAAUACUACUGAAAGGCUUGAAGGAUUCAUUGAAGACACUGAAUGUUGAUGUUGUUCCAAUAAUUGUUUGUUAUGGUUUGGGAAAUUUUUCAGAAAAUAAAUGUGCUCAAUAUCAAUUAGCAGCUUUAUUAACAAUGCAAUCAUUGUAUGAAAGUAAAGUACAUAUUUAUGAUCCAGUAUUUUAUUCUAAAGAAAUAGAAGUAUUAAAAAAAUUUGGAUUAUUAAUAAUUGAUAAUAAUGAAGUUGGUAUACGUAAAUCUGGUGAUAAUUUAACAUUAUUUUAUAUGCCACAUUGUUUUAAAGGUCUUGUUGCAAAUGUUAUUUAUGCAAAUUGGCAAAUUGAUUUAUUAAAUAAUUGUAUAUUAUUGACAAAUAGUUUUAAUGAAAUGGCUGAUGAUGUUGUAACUGAUGAUAAACAAGUUAAAGAUUCAGUUGAAUUAAUUAAAAAAAUACAUCCAUUUACAACGGAAUUUGUGCUUGAUGAAAGCUUUGAUAAUGCACCAGAUGCAUUUCAUUGUACGUCAAUUCAUGUAUUUUCAAUGGAUAAACUUAGUAUGGUACCUGGAGAUUUUUGGAAACCACUUAUUGCACCACCAUUUAAUCAGAAUGAAAUUGAUCAUGAAAAGAGACAAGACUGACUAAUAAUAGGACCAUCUAAUUAGGCUGUUAAUUUAAAUUGAGUACAAAUAUCAUUGUUACAACAACAAAUAAUAUAUUGAUGAAACAAAAAAAAGAUUAUUCUACUGUACAUGCCUAAAUAAUUCUUUUAUAUUUUUUUUUUAAUAUAAAAAAGUCAACUAUAAUAAAAAUUAAUUGCUUCAGUUAUUUCGACAAUAAAUGAAUUCAUUAUGAAAAUUUAAUUUCCUAUAUUAAAAGUAAAGAAGAGCAUGGUCAUAAUAUCUUUGGAAUAAAGAAGGAUCAUGUGGUAACAUAAAUAAAUAUUUUAAAAAAUUAAAAAACCAUUAAUUUGAUUAUGAUAAAUUUUUAUUAUCACUUGAUGACUAGAUAAUAAUAUAAAGAUUCGUAAUAACUGAUUUUGGUUACGUUUUAGCGAACACGAUGAGGUCACGUGCAGGAUUUGUCGAUUAAUUUUCUUUUUUUUUUUUUUGGCAAAUGCCAAAGAAUAAAUUAAAAAGAAUUACAUACUUUUUACAUGUUACACUAUUUCUCUUUAUAUAAUCUCCACUUUUUUGUCUUGUUUUGUCAAAUUAAUAAUUUUUCUUUGUUCUACAUUAUUGAUUUGAAUCAUACAUUUAUAUAAACAAAAUUAUUAAUUAAACGGGAAUGUACAGUGACUUAUUAUAGCUAAUAUUAUUUCUUUUUACAUUGCACACAUUCUUCAAAUUUUUUUUAUU